AUGGCAAACUCUUUCACCCGUAUGAUGUCUGGUCGUAACACGGCAGUGUUGUUGGCCAGCAUUGGAGCUGGCACACUAACAUCUGGAUUCCUGCUCAGUGACAACACUGCUGCUGCUGCUGAGAGGAGGAGGCUCUAUCCACCCAGCGCUGAUUUCCCUGACCUGAGGAAGCACAACAACUGCAUGGCAGCAGCUCUGACCCCGACUAUCUAUGCUCGACUGAGGGACAAGACAACUCCUAACAACUGGACCCUGGACCAGUGCAUCCAGACUGGGGUCGACAACCCUGGACACCCCUUCAUCAAGACUGUGGGCAUGGUGGCUGGAGAUGAGGAGAGCUAUGAGGUGUUUGCUGAGCUCUUUGACCCUGUCAUCAAGGACAGACACAACGGCUAUGACUCUCGUACAAUGAAGCACCCCACUGACCUGGAUGCUGCCAAGAUCACUUCAGGGAUGUUCGAUGAGCGUUACGUGUUGUCAUCUCGUGUCCGAACUGGACGUAGCAUCCGUGGCCUGAGUCUCCCGCCCGCGUGCACACGCUCCGAGCGUCGUGAAGUGGAGCGUGUGGUUGUGACUGCUCUGUCCGGCCUGAAGGGAGACCUGGCCGGUCGCUACUACAGCCUGGGAGAGAUGUCUGACAGGGAGCAGCAACAGCUUAUUGAGGAGCACUUCCUGUUUGAUAAACCCGUGUCACCUCUGCUCACGGCAGCUGGGAUGGCCAGAGAUUGGCCCGAUGCUCGUGGGAUCUGGCACAACAAUGAGAAGAACUUCCUGAUCUGGAUCAAUGAGGAGGACCACACUCGGGUCAUAUCCAUGGAGAAGGGAGGGAACAUGAAGAGAGUGUUUGAGAGGUUCUGCAGAGGUCUGAAACAGGUGGAGCAUCUGAUUCAGGAGAGAGGUUGGGAGUUCAUGUGGAAUGAGCAUCUGGGCUACAUCCUCACCUGCCCCUCUAACCUGGGUACUGGGCUCAGGGCUGGUGUUCAUAUCCGCCUGCCUAUCCUCAGCAGGGACCCUCGGUUCAAAAAGAUCCUGGACAACCUGAGGCUACAGAAGAGAGGCACCGGAGGCGUCGACUCAGCUGCGACCGGGGACACCUUUGACAUCUCUAACCUCGACCGUCUGGGCAAGUCAGAGGUGGAGCUGACACAGUUGGUGAUUGACGGUGUAAACUACCUGAUUGAAUGUGAGAAGAGGUUGGAGAGGGGGCAGGACAUCAAGAUCCCCUCCCCCGUCGCUCAGUUCAGGAAGUGAACGUCACCUCUGCUGGGAAUCGAGCA